AUGGUCGAUGCAGCUGUAGUGACAAUCUCAGAGCAGCUUCUACACCACAGCCAUUUCCAGCAUGAAGAUCACUGGGGGUCUCCUUCUGCUCUGUACAGUGGUCUAUUUCUGUAGCAGCUCAGAAGCUGCUAGUCUGUCUCCAAAAAAAGUGGACUGCAGCAUUUACAAGAAGUAUCCAGUGGUGGCCAUCCCCUGCCCCAUCACAUACCUGCCAGUUUGUGGUUCUGACUACAUCACCUAUGGGAAUGAAUGUCACUUGUGUACCGAGAGCUUGAAAAGUAAUGGAAGAGUUCAGUUUCUUCACGAUGGAAGUUGCUAAAUUCUCCAUGGACAUAGAGAGAAAGGAAUGAUAUUCUCAUCAUCAUCUUCAUCAUCCCAGGCUCUGACUGAGUUUCUUUCAGUUUUACUGAUGUUCUGGGUGGGGGACAGAGCCAGAUUCAGAGUAAUCUUGAUUGAAUGGAGAAAGUUUCUGUGCUACCCCUACAAACGCAUGCCUCACUGACAGACCAGCAUUUUUUUUAAACACGUCAAUAAAAAAAUAAUCUCCCAGAAA